GACAUAAGAAAGAAGGAAUUUCUCUCACUCCAAAGAAAAAAAUAGUCCUAUCCGCCCUAAAUGCACCUACUUUGACUUCAGCGGUUUCUGAAGAACGGCAAAGACACCAAACAAGUGACAGAACAAGAAAAAAGCACAUUUUUUUGGGUAAAAUACCAGACGAUGAGGAGCCUGAAGCACCAAUAGAAGAACAAUUCAUUUUGAGGUUGUUAGUACCUGAAGAUGUUUCAGAGAGAAAGUGA